AUGGACUAUGCACAUGUGCUAUUUUUGCUGCUUGUGUGCUUGUCACCCUGGUUAGCACAGGUGAUAGAAGAAGCGACGUACAUCUUCGCUCUUCUCUUGAAGAUUUGGUUCGUUCUCGGCUGGCUGAGCCUGUUCGCGAAUUGGUUUCUGAUCCAAUCGUGCACCUGCACUUGGUUCUUCUGCGGAGGGUUUCACAAUCUAUUCACAGGCCUUGGUAUUUGCUUUAUUCCCGGCAUCCAUGUCACCCCACUGCCUGCCGUCUCGCCUUGGGAGAGUCUACCACGCAACAAUAACACCGACGUCAAGGUGGACCAAUUCAUCUUCGACCUGUUAGUCGCUCCCGAGAAGCUCCGAGAGCUUACCACCAAUCUGAAGCAUGAGAGAAGAAGAUUGUUGCAUGCUCCCUUUGACGGCGUGCCAGAGGUCCGGAGCGAGUUGGCAAUUCUGAUAGAUGCGAGUACCAAUCUGUCUUCUCCGCUUGCAGAAUUCUCCCAUCAUGUCUGCUGGACUAUGGACAGCAUCAGUUGGGACUACCAGCGCUUCCUUACCUAUAUGACACAGUACGCAAACGCAGGAGGGCAACCUUACCGCAACAUCACCUUUGUCAACUUCUUCCUAUUGGCACCCUUUGAGACACUACGCAUGUUGAACUCUCAGCUCAACUCUUCUCUUCUCCCGCACUACACGCCUUACGCUUACCACAUCCAAUCGCAAAUCCUACACGACUUUGAGCCGCUCUACCGAUCUGCAUCCCAGGACCUGAAAAAACUUGAAAGAUUCACAAAGAAAGAGUACCCCGCCUUCGCACGUGCGCUAUCUCCCAUCCUUGAAGGAACAUCAAUCGGCACGAGCGCCAAAAAGAACGCAAUCGCCAGCUUAGAAGACCUCAUAUGGAAAGAAGUCGGCUAUAAAAGAUACAUCCCCGGUCUGAUGCCGCCGGCUUUGGCGGACAGAAUAGAAGACAUCAGAUACAUUCAGCGGACCUACACAACGAUUGACAUGCGCCUUACCCGAUUCGACGACACCAUGACCGCAUGGACCGACUACAUCGAGAGACUCCAACAAGAGCUCGACGACUUCCACCACCUCGUUGAUCAGAGCUGGGGGAAAAGGUUCAUGGACCUCAUGGCCGCUCUCCACAUCCCCUUCGCCACUCGGAGCGCGCGCCCACACGUCCAACAGAGCGAAGCAGACGAGGGCGGCCAGGGUUUCCUAGAGAAGCCUUGCACAUGGCAAUCGCACGGCAAAAACAAUACUCAUGUGGCUGUAUCCGGGCUUGAGGAGUGGAGCUGCCGUGUCGGCCGUUUUGCAUCGAUGUUGCUUGAUGCGCAGGGACAGGGGGACAAAGGGAACCUCGGCUUCAAUGGCGCGACGUGGAUGGAUACCAAACGUAAGGCACGGGCGGCUUUUGAGAGGGAGCUCGGGACGGAGGAGACGGUGGUGCUGAAAGCCGCGGACGAUGUUAAGAGGACUUUGGAGAGCGGUGGAACGGUGAAGGUGCUGGAGGGGUGGAAAUAG